ACACCCGGAUCAAGAACCAAACCGACGCAAAGUCUCGCGUCUCCAGUUUUAUUGGUUUGGUUGUUUUGUUUUGUUUUGUUUUUUUUUUUUGCUCCGCACUUGAUGUGGUUCAGAUGAAAUGUUUAGCACCUGACACCAGCUGGCAACCUAUGGGGGAAAAAGCUGAGGCGCGGCCUUUAAACCGCAACAGGAAACCCACGACGACAAACGUAAGAAGUCCCGAGGAGGGGAUUUCCAGAACCGAGCGGACCCGGCGCCGAUGUGGAUCCUCACACACGGUUGAAAUUUAGAAAUGUAGGAGUAAAAAAAAAAAAAAAAUCUGAGAGGGAGAACUUUUUAUGGCCUGAAAUAAUCCAGAGCCACCAGAUCUGGAUUAUCUCAGUGAGAGGGCCGGAUGUCACGAGACUUUCUCGCAGCACUCAACAGCUGUGUGACGCAUACGACCCGGAAACGCGCGGGGAAAACUCUCAGUUUCUUUUCCCACUGACCUCGAAGGCACCACAUGCAGAGCCGUGAAGGAAGCGGAGCGUCGUCGUCGGGCCGAGCGGAGCUCGGUGUCCCCUGAAACCUUCACCCUCCUCUCCCUCUCUGUGCCCGUCCGUCUUUUCUUGAAGCGGGGGAAACCGAACUUCUGUGCUGCGGGGAUGGAUCCUCGCUUAGUCCUGCUGCUCACUCUGCUGCCUUGCUCCGCAGGUAUGUGUGCGUCUAUACACUCGUCUAGAUCGUUUUUUAACAGGGGCCAGAAAUGAGCUGCAUGUGAGGGCAUUAGUAGAAGAAGAGUGGUAGAAGUGGUCCCUCGUCCUUUACAUCGCGGUUCAGACGGAGCUUCAUCUCAGCACCUUUUUUUUUCUGACAGAGUUUGGUGUUUUCUUAAUACUUCUACCGACUUUGGAGGAAGGGGAGGAAAAUCCCUUUUGAGGAUCACACUCUGUAUAUUAUUAAAACCCGUGACCUGGAUCAGGUGUACGACGUGUGGGCUAACGUGGAUUGACCCGGGAAGGCGGCCUUCGUUUGGCUUGUAUGUUCGUUGUUAAUACUUGUUUUUGUGGGGGGGUCCGUCUAGGCAUUUGUCCCGGGACAGGGUGUGGUGGCCGUUCGAAUGUGUGUCAGUACCGUGGUCCACCUGUGUUGUGGACCGUCUUACAAACCUUGUGCAAUGACCAGGCAUCAAGGAUUUCAUCAGUUCAGCAUCGCGACUCUUGCUGCGGACUCGAGUCGGGCCUAAAGACACAGUGAGGUCUCAGACCCUGGCGCGGUCUUGACCUCUGCGAACCUUGACGGAUCGGGGCCACGACUCACCGAAGACCUGAAAACGGUCUUCGGUGAAAACGGAGACGCGUGGGAACGGAGCGCCGAGCCGGCGAAAAGGCCGAUCGGCGCAUCCGGGCCGUGGAACGCCUGUUCGGACUAUGAGACGCUGGGGCAGAGGCGUGUCGGUGAGGUCGGGAGAUAGUGACUGAUAUAAAAAAAGCACAAGCAGGAGAAACGCUCGACGUUAUUGACCCCAUUUUAUCCACCGACGUGCAUCAUGAUGCCAUCGGUCCGGCGGAAUUCCACCAGAGAAACCGUGAUUCUGUCCAUCUGGACGUAUCAGAUGAAACAAAGUUCACAGUGGAACUUUUUACGAGUUCUUUACAACCUGCUUGGCCUUCGAACGAGGAGGAACUGCAGGCUCUCUGCCAAGUGUUGCACAAGUUUAGGGGUUUUUUUUUUGUUUUUUGUUUUUGCGGCGGGGGUUUCCAGUUGGAUGAGAUUCCGCUGACAUUCCUCACGAGCAUGUUUUCCCCCUGUUUCCAGGGACGGAGGGUGGCGGUCGGAGCGGCAUCGACCCCCGUCGCUCGACCGCUUCCCGCGCCGCCUUUAAAUCCCUUUCAUGGCGCCGAGCCGCAGACCGGUCCGCACACAAAGAGUUAAAUUCCAGUCCAGUGCGGGGGGGGGAAGCGAAACCGCGUCAUGUGGCGGAACCCCUGGAUGUUUAGUGAGGAGUUCCUGUUUGCUUGGCGUUUAGAGAGACACUCGAGUGGGUGGAUCUGAAUGAUCUUCUGAAUAAAGUGGAGGCUGCACAAGGUGAAACACGCACAGAGAGAGAGGGGAGUUUGAAAUGUUUUCGUAAAUAUUAAGCGAAACACACGACGGGAUAUUAAAAGGUCAAUCCUCGGUGCAAGGUCUGCCGGAGAGGGUUCGCGGUCCAGACAAUGUCCUCGCCUUCGCGGGCGGAGACGUCACUCUGCCCUGUAGUUUCGACAUCACCGCCAGUCGUUACUUUCCAACGGUGGAGUGGUCCAAGGAGGACCUGCAGCCAGAUGUGAUCUUCCUGUACCGGGACGGCUGUGAGACCCACGAGAUGAAGAAUCCGGACUUCGAGUACAGGACGAGCUUCGUCACGAAAAAACUGAAGAACGGAGACAUCUCGUUAAGGAUCUCCAACGUGCGGCUGUCUGAUGCCGGGCGGUACAAGUGCACGAGGCUGAUGAAAAAUUACCGAGAAACUUCAGCAGUGACGCUUGUUGUGGGUGCAGUUUCUGAGCCAAAACUCUCGGUGGUUUCGGCCGAGAGUGGGGGCGUGACUCUGCAGUGUGAGGCGAGCUGCUGGCUUCCAGAGCCGGAGAUCAAGCUACUGGAUGAUCGGGGAAACGAAAUCCCCGGCGAAGACCCGAAAAGAGACCAAGAUGCCCGUGGAUGUUACACCGUGAGACGAAGAGUGACUCUCCGAACUGCCACCAGCAGGGUCACCUGCAGAGUUCACCAGGUGGACUUCAACCAGUCCAGGGAAACAGACAUCCUCAUACCAGCUGACUGCAUGAGGUCCUCUUUUCGGCUGAUCCUUGGCAUCUCUGUUGGAGGGGUCAUUUUAUUUGCAUGUGCAUUUGCAUUUGCCGUCUACUUGUGGAAGAGAUGUGGCAAAUCAGCAGAGGCACAGAAGCAGCCAGUGACCAGGCAGCCGUCGGAUGAAAGUACAGUCAGUGGCACCUGUGAAAAUCAGCUGCUCCUGCAGCACAGAGAGACGAGCAGCACCGUAGAGCAGCUGACCAAAAAGGUGGCUGACCUCAGGGCAGAGCUUCGGGACAAAGACGAGACCAUCCGCCAACUACAAAACAGCCCCAGAUCUCAGCCAAGCCAGCACAACCAGCCGGCAAUUGACUGCAGUCCUUCCAGAUCCCCGCUGGAAGCCUCAAAACCCUUCAGCCCCCAGAGCAGCAUCUUAACCAGCGAUCGCAAUUCAACGCCAGCAGUCUCCAGCAACAGCGACCUUGCUAGAUCUGCCAACCUACCCCAGAACAAGCCUCCAAAACCUGGCAUUCAAGGGCAGAACAGUAAUCCGGGGCCUUCCCGCCCGAUCCAAAAACACCAUCUUAAUAACAGCAGCCUGGCUGUUUUCUCUGACAAUGACUGGGUGUUGUACAGUUCUUCUUCAGAGAAAAAACAAGGCCAUAUUGGUCGUUCUAGGAGCGUGUCUCAUGCUCUGCGUAAUCCACAGAAUGCCAAGUGUCAGCGUAGAUAUUCGCUAGGGUCACAGCUAUCUAAUAACCGCUACGUUGUCCUGGCAGAUUUGAAUGAAGAGUCUGAACAGUUGGUGUCAUGAGAAAAGAACACGAAGCAGUGACCAUUUCAGUUCUGGAUAUCCUGAAGCCCUGGCAAAUAAAAA